AUGGAAACUUUGGUUAAUGAUAGGCUAUUGCAAGACAGUAACACGAGGGAAUCUAACGUGUCAACCCCUACCCCGAGCACUUCAACAGAAUUUAUUGACACUGUCAAGAGCAGGCAGCCGAGAAGGAGCAUCAAUGUGUCCGGUCCUGUCCAACCUUACCAUGCCCGUUUGAAGAAUUUUUGGUACCCGGUUGCUUUUUCUGCAGAUCUGAAGGAUGAUACCAUGGUUCCAAUAGAUUGCUUCGAGGAACCUUGGGUCAUCUUUCGUGGGAAGGAUGGAAAACCUGGAUGUGUCCAGAAUACUUGCGCACACCGGGCCUGCCCUCUUCAUCUGGGUUCAAUAAACGAGGGUCGCAUCCAGUGUCCUUAUCACGGAUGGGAAUACUCAACUGAUGGGAAAUGCAAGAAAAUGCCAUCGACUAGAUUACUUAAUGUAAAAAUCAGAGCAUUACCGUGCUUUGAACAGGAGGGAAUGAUAUGGAUUUGGCCAGGCGAUGAUCCGCCUGCAGCUAACCUUCCUUCAUUACUGCCUCCGUCAGGAUUUCAAAUACAUGCAGAGAUCGUGAUGGAACUCCCCGUGGAACAUGGACUGCUUCUGGACAACCUUUUGGAUCUUGCCCAUGCUCCAUUUACCCACACUUCGACUUUUGCUAAGGGAUGGAGCGUUCCCAGCUUGGUGAAAUUUUUGACGCCUGCAUCCGGUCUGCAAGGAUAUUGGGAUCCCUAUCCAAUAGAUAUGGAAUUUAGACCACCUUGUAUGGUAUUAUCUACAAUUGGAAUCUCAAAACCUGGAAAAUUAGAAGGGCAAAAUACCAGAGAGUGUUCAACUCAUCUUCACCAACUUCAUGUUUGCUUACCUUCAUCAAGACAGAAGACGAGGCUAUUGUACAGAAUGUCACUCGACUUUGCUCCUGUAUUGAAGCACGUUCCUUUCAUUCAAUACCUGUGGAGACAUUUCGCAGAAAAGGUUUUGAACGAAGAUCUACGUCUUGUUCUUGGUCAGCAGGAGCGCAUGCUCAACGGUGCAAAUGUUUGGAAUUGGCCAGUGUCCUAUGAUAAGCUGGGAGUAAGAUACAGGCUAUGGAGAGAUGCAGUCGAGCAAGGAUCUAAAAGAUUACCCUUUGAGAAAUCAGCAUAA